AUGGCGGCGUCCAUGUUGCAGCGGAAUAAAAAAGGUCGCUUCAAAAAGUCGUCGAAAAUUAAUGUGUUAGUCGACCAUAACUAUAUAUCUGGUCAUAUUUGUGAAAGGGACACGUGUGAAACGUGUUUUCCUGGUAUGAAAAGUUUGAUCAAUAGCAAAAAGUUUAGUGCAAACGGGUGGCGAAGUGGAAGACGGGUGAUAGAGUGGGUGUCAGUUAUAGAUGCCCUGGAAAAUUGCAGGCACUGUAAAUGUGGGCCUCUUUACCUUACAAAAAGAACCAUCAAGGGUGAGAUGAAACUUGGACUGGGCGGGUAUCUGAAUGUCCAGUGUACUUUUUGUCUGAGGCCCAACAGGAUUCCUUAUGGGAAAACGCACAGAGACGAGGAGCAUGGCAAGGGGAUGCCGAGUUUUUGUAUAAAUACAAAAAUUGGUGCAGCCAUGAUUGACAAUGUCGGUGGACCCCAGCGAAUGAACAAUCUGCUUACAACAUUAGAUUUACCAUUCAUAAAUAACAGAAGUUUGAAAACUAUGGAAAGGAGGGCUGGGCAGAUUAUUGAGAAAUAUGCCAAAGAUAACAUGAAGGAAGAAAGCAUGAUGGCCUUUGAGAAAGAAAUGAUAGCUGUUUCACAGAAAGAAGAGGGAGAUUUUAAAGAGGAGUUUACUGAUUUGGGGGUAGCAGUAAUUCCUGAUGAAUUUAUUGGGGAUGUUUCCAGAAUGCCCGAAUCAGUUUGCAAUGAAAUUGACCAUGAUUCCUCACUUGAUUCCCUUGAUCAUGACCAUUGCUCUGGAGGGUCCAAACUCAAAUUUGAUGAAAAGAAAGUUGUGCCAGAUUGUAACGCAGAAGACAGUUUCCAAAAAAAAUGAAAAUACAUCUUCUUGUACACUUGAUCAUCACCAAGGCUCAGGAAUGCCAGGCUUCACUCAUGAUGGCCAUAAAACACAGAAGAUACAUCCGGCAGUGAAAAAGAAACUUUCCUUUGCUCCUAAAAGUCGUAGAGGCAUGACAGUUUGCAUCGAUCAUGGGUGGCAGAAAAGGGGGUUUGACAGUCUAACAGGUCAUACAUUUAUGAUGAGCAAGGAAAAUAAAGUUCUGAAGACUGUCAUAAAGCACCGUACUUGUGGAGUAUGUAAAUGGUGGAGAAGAAACAGAACAGGGCUAAAAGUCAGAGAACAUCGCUGUGUGUGGAAUCAUAAAGGGUCUGCGAGGGCUAUGGAAAGUGAGGCAGGCCUGAAAGCCAUCAAAGACAUGAUCCAACAAGGUACGCCUGUUGAAAUUAUAGAGGGUGAUGGCGAUAACACACUUGUUGCACGCUUGCAAAAGAAUAUGGGUGUGACUGUUAAAAAAAAGCUUGACAGAAAUCAUUGUAUUAAAAACAUUGUCAAACUCUUAUAUGACCUA